GGGUGCGGGUUGCUCUCACUCCACCGACAGCGCACCCAGUGCCGAUCGCACACGCGAACCCGCGAAGCUGGAAAUGCAAAGAAGCCCACGAGGAACGCAGGGGGACAUAGGCACAUAAUUUAGAGCAGUUCACGAUAUACGCUAUUGCUAUUACAUUCGUUGGAAUUCCAGUCUAAGGAAAAGGAAACAGUCUUGACCGACGCUGCAGUCGGCCCACUGCCGCCGAUACCGCUUACAAUGUGCACAUAACGAGCUAACAGCUUAUUGACCUUGCGGGGAUGGAGCUGGCACACAGCUUACGAGCCUGAUGGGGAGGGGGAGUCCGUGCUAAACGCCCAGCACAAUGGGAAGAAGCGACCAGUGCUUCAAGCGUGAGCGAGACGCCUCCUACGGCCAUGGGCUCGACGCGCUGGAUGAUUUGGACGCUACGCCAGCGUUCUACAAAACACCCCUCACGACCAUCCCGCACCGGCAGCUGCGCACAUAUGACUUCAUUGGCGUUGCCUGUCCCACACCGCGAACACCAACCACUCGGGCGUUAUGGCAGCUGCUUGGACUGGCAAUCGUCCUGUUGGUCUGCGUUCAGGCGCUCUCCUGCGGGCUUUUCUUCUGCGUGGCUCUGCCAGUCGGGAGAGCAUCAUACAUCGAUCUGCGGGAUGUAUUUACGGAGUUCCGCUUGUUCAACCAGCCCCAAGGAACAUCAUCGGCGGGCACGAAGCCCGUCGACCGCGCCCCGAUGCUGAUUCCAAGGAUUGUUCACCAAACCUACCGGAGCCGGCAAGUGCCAAGCUCGCUGCGAGCGGUGAUGGCAUCCUGGACGAGAGUGAACGGGCCGGGGUGGCAAACGCGUUUCUACGAUGAUGAAGCCUGCACAGACUUUGUACGGCGUGAGUUCCCAGAGUAUCUGGACGCCUACCAGUCGCUCCCGAAGGACGUUGAACGGUCUGACUUCUUCAGGUACAUGGUGGUGCUGCGGCUGGGCGGCGUGUAUGCCGACAUCGACGUAGAGCUGCGGCAGCCGCUAGACUCGAUCGUGACGCCCACGGACACGCUGGUGGUGGGCUGGGAGGCGGAGGUGGCCACGGACGCGGAGGCCUUCAAACGGCACUUUGUGCGCAAGCGCCAGGUGCUGCAGUGGUUCUUUGCCGCGGCGCCGGGGCAUCCCGUGCUCCGCGCCGCGUGCGACCACAUCGCGCGCUACGCUCGCCACACCUUCUCAAACAACACCAACCGCGACACGCUGGAGCGCACCGGCCCCGGCAUGUGGACGGACGUGGUGCUGCGGCACGCCGCCGCGCACCCGCCCACGCUGGCAGGCGACCCGUGGAAGGUGCGCAUCCUGCCGCGCGUCGCCUUUGGCGUGCACCCGGCCGGCAUCGACGGCCUGACGCCCGACGCCAAGGAGAUCGUGGUCCUGCACCACUUCCUGGGCAGCUGGAAGAAACGCGGCGGCUGGCACAAGCGCCGCAGCGUGCUUCAGAUCGUGGCGGGCGCAGUGACGGCGGCGCUGCGGCGGCGCGGCGAGGCGGCGCCGGCAGAGGAGCCCAUCGCGCCAUCAGUGCUGCCGCUGUUCCCGGUGUCGGUGGCGUUCAGCCCGCCCUUCACCAUCAUGACGCACCUUGUGGGGCAGGGCGACAUGCAGUCCGGCAGCGACGUGUCGGCGGUGCUGACCAGCUGGGGUACCUGGCAGGCGGCCAUGUCGCGGCCCAGCCGACGGCCGCUGGUGGUGGAGGCGCUGGUGGGCUCGCUGGGCCCGCCGGAGCAGGGCGCGGUGCUGGUGGACGUGUCGGCCGGGCAGGGCUUCUUCAGCCUGGCGGCGGCGGCGCGCGGGCACACGGUGGUGGCGUUCGAGUCCAGCGGCCGCAGCCUGGAGGCCUUCAGCGCCGCAGUGCUGUACAACGGCUUCCAGGACCGCGUGCGCCUCUACAAUGUCAGCCUGGGCGCGGCGCCCACGACGCUGUGCCUCCGGGCGCGCGAGGAGGGCGCCGCGGGCGCUGCUGGUGCCUCUGGCGCGGCGCAGGGAGCUGCAGGGGCACAAGUGCUGCAGGCUGCUGGCAGCAGCGGCGCCACCGGCGGCAUCACAGUGGCAGCGGUGGGCGCGGGCGAGGUAAAUGACGCCGCUGCGGCGGCGAACCGCCGCGGCUACGGCGAUCCUGCGGUUCACUCGCUGCCGCUGGCCCGCUGCUCUGCCAUGACGGUGCGGCAGACGCUGGCGCACAUGAUCAUGGGCGGCGACGAGGCGGCCGCCACUGGCGCUGUCAGCCCCGCCAACAUCGGCAGCUCGGACGCGGGCGGCGGCGCUAGCAGCGCCGCGGCCGCCGUGGCGGGCGUCACAGGCAUGUCCCUCAUCGCGCCGCUUGCCGGAGCCGGCGGCGCCAGCGCCACCAGCGGUGGCAGUUUGAACGCCAGCGCCAACACGGGCGCACCCAACGACGUGAACGCCCCCACGUCCUCCCUGUCGCGUCGCGUGGGCGCGCUGCGGCUGUCGGCGCACGGCUGGGAGGGCUGGAUCAUGGACGGCGCCGAGCCGUGGCUGCGCAUCCACCGGCCGGGAGUGGUGCUGCUGGAGUACGCGCCCUCCCUGGUGGAGCGCACCGGCUACCCCGGCGGCGGGCUGCGCCUGCUGCACCGGCUCUACGAGAUGGGCUACGUGCACGUGGCGCACGCCGGCUUCGUGUGCGACGAGCGCUGGUUCAACAUCAGCCGCGCGCUGCGCGCCGGCGGCACAGCGCUCGGCGACCUGGCCUCGGCGGCGGCGGCAUCGCACGGCGAUGCCCGAGGCGCCGUCGGCGGCGGGGCGGUGGGAGGUGGCGGUGCGGCGGCUGGCGCUGCCGGCGGCGGCGAGCUGUCCGCGCUGCCCAAGCAGCCCACCUGGUGCAAGUUGAAGCCGGACAUGUUCCAGCUGCUGACGGACCGGGCGCACCCCGAGGUGGCGGAGAACAUCCUGUUCAUCCACCACACGCACACCAGCGUGCGCGGCGAGGCUCUGCCGGCUCAGGCCAAGAAGCAAGAGCAGCCGUUGGGCCUGGCCGAUGCCGCCAUCGCCACCGGGAGCGGUAGCCAGGUGCUGGCGUCAUCGUCAUCUUCAACAGCGGCCGCAGCCACGACAGCGGUGGAGGACACCACCAAGUCGGUGGCCACGGGCUCGGCCUCUGCAGGCGCGUCCACAGCCGCAGGCGCGGGUGCGUCCACCACGGUUGCAGCAUCUGCUGCGGCAUCGGGGCUGGUUGCUGGCCAGCACUUGCGCGGCAACCAGGCGGGCCUGGGGCGGAGGGCUGGUGGUGACGGGCGGCGGCCGGUGCAUUAGCAUGCUACGGAAUGACAAGACACAUGAAAUAAAUAAUGUAUCGUGGGACCUGACAUUCACCCAAACUGAACCCGGGUGUGCUACACAUGCCUCUGUGUGUAGUAGGGCUUUUGCGUCGUGUAUGGUGUACACUGUUUGUUGAUGUACGUAUUGUUUGUGUAUACACCUAGCACCAUGCCUGGACGCACGGGCGCACACGGCUGUGGGGAUGAGAGCGUUCUAACGCUAAGAGACUGCGUGUAGGGCUACACCGCAACAUGGGCAACGACCCACGGUUGCGGUGUUGGUCAGUGGGUGAGUGAGGAAGUUUCAUUCUGGUGAGUGUAGCGUAGCUCGUUAGCUCGGUUGCAGCCGGGCAAUGCACGGAAAGAGUAAAGGCGAUAGGUAUGGCAGACACGACAUAUUAACUAUUUCCGAAGACCAAUGGGGUUGGGGAGGCAAGCGUGGGGGCGGAUCGGACAAGCCUUUUUCGUGGCCGUUGUCGUUGGGCGCGUUGGGCGCUGAGCUGGCUGUGGGGGUUGCGAGCUCAAGAUGCACGAGGUGUGGUGGUGGCUGGACUGACGGUGGACCAAGACAACACCCUGCAACCUGCUUGCAUUCGCUUUGUGUCAAAGCGUUGGUUGCGGGAGGAGACGCGGUCCACGCUAUGUGAGGCGAGGGACACAAGCAUGACUACUGUACUGUGGGGUGGUGAGCAGGAAAGGUACUACACAUAUUGUAGACAGAGACUGGGCUCGGAUGUCCCCUGCGACGCCUCUGGCUGUAAGAUCGAAUAUGC